CCAGCCUUUGAAGGAAAACUUAACCGGGCCGUUGGACUUGGGAGCCAUGGUCCACUCGAGGAAGCUGAUGUGAGAGAGCUUGAGUUGGCCUUCGCUACUAUUGGCUUGGGGCCUGAGAUCCACCCAAGCCCACUUGCAUCUUUUGACUCGACGGCUUUGAUCUUUCGGGGAUACACCGAAAGCGCUGUUCUCAGCACCUACUGGUGUACUAUCCAGAACAACAAAUGGGCAAUGGGGGCUGUCCAGCAUCUCCCCGGAGACAUGGCCGUGCGGCUAGCAGAACCGCAUGAAACCAAAAAAUUCAUCGAAGCAUCUAUUGAAGGAUUUCAUGAUAAUGGCCGAUCUCGGGAGCUUCUUGGGACCCUUGCAGAGCUCGCAAUUCAAAGAGAGGAUGUGUUAUUUUUUGCGGAGGUCAACGGCCAAAUUGCAGGAACAGCAGCGAUGGCAACCAUGAACACGCUCGAUGGUCCCGUGGCACAUUUUUACCUAGACAGUACAAUUGCUAAAUUCCGAGGGCAAGGAAUCCAGCUGGCUUUAAUCCGGGCGCGGCUACGGACCGCGCAUCAACUAGGAUACUUUAUGGCAACCUCGACCACUCGAGUUGGGGAUGGCAGUGGACGGAACGCAGAGAGGGCAGGGUUGAGCGUGGCCUACACGACUCCGAUCUUGCAGGGACCUCGGACAUCCUAA